AAGCUGUAUGUGGCUCUUAAAGAGCCUCACAGGGGCAGGUCCCACUUAGCAGGCGGACCUGUGAGGCUCCGGCGAAGGUGUGCAAGCACCAGUCCUCAGGACUGGCGCCAUGAACGGCCAGCCAGGGCCCUAUGGGCAGCCCUAUGGGCAGGCACCGUACGGGCAGUCACCGUACGGGCAGUCGCCGUACGUACAGGUUCCGCCGCAGAUGCCGCAGCAGCAUCAACCGCAGCAGUACCAGGGUUACCGACCCGUGGCGGACGACACCUACGGGCCGCCGCCGUUUCAGGAUGCCUCCAGCCCUGGCACGGGAGGCAGCCCGGUGAGCCCCGACAGCGGGGGGUACAGCCCAGACAGCCCCGGCGGCUCGCCGUAUGGAGAUGGUUCAGGUCCUGAAGACCAGUUCAUGGGCAAGGACUACCGGGAUUUCACGGAAGGUGCAGGAAGGACGGGAGGCUCUGCCAGUCCCACGCAGAAGAACGACCCGCACUCGGGGGUAUCUCCUAGAAGAUGCACGGAUUUGGUUUGCGUAUUCGCGUUUCUGGUGUACAUUCUUGGCAUGCUGAUCUUCCUGGCAGUCGUCAAGAACACCUCGAUUGACGGACGAUCCUACUCCGAUACGAGACGCCUGACCCAUGGAAUGGACUAUGAGGCUCGAUUGUGUGGUGUAGAUCCUGGAGUGGAGGAGAAGAAGUAUGUCUUCUGGUGUCGGGACGAUCCAUCUCAGAACAACUUUGAGGUUGGCUCACCGCUCAAUCUCAAACAUCCCGUCUGCGUGGAAGAAUGCCCUCGCCUAUUCAAUGGAUCGCGGCUAGGCCCAGAACAAGUCGAGUGCUUGAUGCGGGCCCAAGGAAAUGGGCCUCCUCCGAAUUACCUCAUUGAGCCCGUGCCAAACAUCCCAGGUGGACAGUUCGGCACGAUCGACAAUUUCUUCAUGAUGUUCCGAGAGGAGACCGCGUACGCAACCACCUACGACUCCAUGCCGCUGGCUGGCCGCUACUGUGUCCCCACGAACGAGACCAAUAAGGCGAGCCUGGUGGCUCCCCUCUCCGGGCCUUUGGGCUUGGCGGAGCGCGUGCACAAGGGCGUCGGCAGCUUCGAGGACUGCUGGCUGGUGGUGUUCCUGGCCGUCCUCGCCACUAUCCUCCUCAGCGUUGGCUACGUCUUUCUCCUUGGCUCCUUGAAGGACGCAGGGAUGGUUAUUGUCAGCAGCUGUUUGAUUGUGUUGUCCGUUUUCCUGCUGCUCAUCAGCAUCUUCUGCUUUUUGUCAGCAUCUCAUGGCAGUCCGAUCUUCUCCCAGCAGCGUUACGAUACUUGGAACGUGUUCUACAAGCGAGCCAGCGAAGCUGAGGCCUUGACGGCUUCUAUGGUCUGCGGUGGUAUCUUUCUGAUCUUGUCGUUCGGUGCUCUGAGCUUCUUCACCAACGUCCAUUCCGAGACGAAGAUGGAGAUCCUGCUGGAGGCCUCGUGGUCUGCUCUGAUGCACAUGAAGUCUCUAUUCUUCCUGCCCCCCAUCCUUGCUGUUUGCAAGUUCUUUGUGAUGUGGCUUGUUUGCUACAACUUCCAGAAUCUUUGCGCUGUCGGAAUGUACGAUGACUAUCGAAUCAUCGUGGAGGGGAUGCCUUAUGCAGGAAUGAGCAAGCGCUUCUUCUUCGACCCCUGGAUGUGGUGGGGAAUUGCGGUCUACGUGAUCGGUGGUCUGUGGCUUUUGGAAAUUUUUACGUCGCUGGGGCAGUUUGUGAUCUCGUGGUGUGCGGUCAUCUACUACUUCACCUCCAAAGAUGAGGAUGGCGACAAGGUGGACAUUCCAGUUGCAGCUUGGAAAGGGUGUUGGAUUGCACUUCGAUACCAUGCAGGUAGCAUUCUCCUGGGAGCCUUUGGCAUUUGGUUCUUUAGGAUUUUCCGGAUGGGUGCGUGGAUCUGGUCUGAGAGCCUGCCGCACGAGGGCUCCACGUGCUGCUUCAAGCCGCUGACCGCCUGCUGGAGGGUCAUCGGAAAAUGCUUCGACGCCUGCGCGGGCAAGAAGGCAGACAGGCAGAAGAAGAAGGACGCCUGGUCAGCGGGCGACUCGAUCUUUCAGCAGUAUUCCAAAGACGCGUACCAGGAUGUCACCAUCAGAACCACGCAUUUUUGGCAAGCUAAAGAGAAGGCUCAGAAGUACAUCGCCAGCCAGGGUCAAGUCAAGAGGUAUACAGGUGAUUGCCGUCCUUGCACCUUCAUUGGUGUGCUGGGUGGAGGUAUUACCGGCUUCAUCGUUUGCUACUGCACCAUCUCAUUCGCAAGUAGCUUUAACGAUCCCAACAAGUCCAGCUUCAUCGAAGAUCCAUUUAUGGUCUCGUCUGUGGCUUUCGUGCUGUGUGGGAUGAUCGCGUACGACUUCUGCGCGCUGUUGGAUCACAUGGCAGACAGUUUGUUGUACUGCUUUGCCUACAACAAGAAGUUCAACAAGAAGACCAUCGAUAGGUUCGUGCCGGAGGAGAUCCAAGACAUCAUAGGCCAGGAAGAGAUCGAGCACGUCAAGCACCCGACCCUUGCAUACACAGGCAAGGCGCAGCCAGACAUGUUCGUGUCGACGUGGACCAAGCGCAUGCAGCACACCUUCCAGGGCUGGGGCGUCGAGGGAGGGCACGGGCACGAGGGGCACUGAGCCUCUGCACUGCGGGUACGAACUGCAGGCGCCUGCAGGUAUACGGCAUGCCCAUCGCUGACUCCUGACCGGUUGUGAAGGACCGGUGGUACAAUACGGUGUGACGCCCAAACAUGACCGGGCGAAAGGGAGGGACGUGGGCUGACAAGCGCCGCACCAAACGCUCAGUGGCGCGGAUGUCCAAGUGAUGCGCUACAUGGUUUUGGGUAUCAAUUUAGUCCCGGGGUUUGAUUCUGAC